GAUUUAGGGUUCUUAGUUUCUUACCACAAAUCCCAACAAGCUUCAUCCUUCGCACCUUGAUAUAACAAUGGCAACGGCUUCAGUUGCUUUUAAGUCUAGGAAAGAUCGUAGGAAGCAAAAAGAAUUAGAGGAAGCUCGUAAAGCCGGGCUUGCUCCGGCUGAGGUAGACGAGAAUGGAAACGAAAUAAACCCCAACAUACCUGAUUUUUUGUCAAAAGCUCCAUGGUAUACCAACUCUGAAAAACCGAGUUUAAAGCAUCAAGAGAAUUGGAAAACUGAACCCGUUUCGACAAAAGCAUAUUAUGACAGAGGUGCAAAGAUUUAUCAAGCCGAAAAAUAUCGCAAAGGAGCGUGUCAAAACUGUGGUGCUAUGACACAUGAUAUGAAAACAUGUAUAGAAAGACCUCGUAAGGUUGGAGCAAAAUACACAAACAAGAACAUUGCACCUGAUGAGAAAAUCGAGAGUAUUGAAUUGGAUUAUGAUGGUAAGAGAGACCGAUGGAAUGGUUACGAUCCUUCGUCUUAUCGUCAUGUGAGAGAUCUUUAUGAAGCAAAAGAUAAUGCACGAGAGAAUUACUUGAAGGAGCAACAACUUAAGAAACUAGAGGAGAAGAACAAUAAUGACGCAAACAUUGAUGGAGAGGAAGAAGAAGACGACGAUUUAAGGAUUGAUGAAGCUAGGGUUGAUGAGAGCAGGCAGGUGGAUUUUGCAAAGGUUAAAAAACGUGUACGAACAACUGAUGGUGGAAGCACAGGAACUGUAAGGAAUCUGCGUAUAAGAGAAGAUCCUGCAAAAUACUUGUUGAACCUUGAUGUUAACUCAGCUUAUUAUGAUCCUAAAUCGCGAUCCAUGCGUGAAGAUCCGCUCCCAAAUGCAGAUCCAAAUGAGAACUUUUGUUUGGGAGAUAAUCAAUAUAGAAACAGUGGCCAAGCUCUAGAGUUCAAACAGAUAAACAUGUAUUCAUGUGAAGCAUUUGAAAAAGGACAGGACAUACAUAUGCAAGCGGCUCCAUCUCAAGCUGAGUUGUGUUAUAAGAGGGUUAAGGUUGCAAAGGAAGAACUGAAUAAUCAGAUAAAGAACACAAUCAUGGCAAAGUAUGGGAAUGCAGCUGCAAAAGAUGAUAUUCCGAUGGAGCUUUUGUUUGGACAAAGUGAAAGACAAGUUGAGUAUGAUCGCGUAGGGAGGAGGAUUAUAAAGAGUGGCUGAAAAAAAGUUUAGUUUCUUUUCUGUUUAAGACUUUAACCAUGUCACAUUGAAGAAACCUUAUUACGUUUC